UCUAUUAAAAUGUUGAAAUAAUAAAUGGUAGUUGACUAGUUGAUAUCCAAAAGAUCACGAAAGAUCACCUGAGUUGUGAUAUGGUUAGAUGCGUGAACAACAGGACCAACUCAACCUACAACAAAAUGCAAGUUUGUCAUUUAGCCGUAAAAGUUGAUUGCAGGCUAACAGGUUGUCGUGACUAAGUUGUACAUAGUAAUAUAAGGCAUGAUUAAGACCGGUUUCUAGCAGAACAGAGAACAGCUGUCUCGAUAUGUGCGAUCUUUAAGCAACAAGUAGUCUAUAUAUCAUCAUGAGAGCCGUCUGAAAAAAAUAGAACAUAAUGAGAGAGUGCAACAUGCAUAAUUAGUCUACCUAGUCGAUCAAGGCACAGCUGAAAAAGCUCUACUAGCCAAAACUGAUAAACAACUAGCGACAAGUCCCUGAAGUCAAGAAGAAAGUGUUGAUGGAACUCAUCUGAGAUAAGCUAAUUCUUCAGCAAGUAAAACUCAUAAUCUGAAAAAUGAUUGUUAUAUUGUAAGCUCAAAAUGAUUGCAACAGCAGAAGUACAUCUAAAACACGUGAGAUUUGUUGCUGCUCUUCAUAUUCACCAGAAAGCGUAUGGUUUUUUAGCUUAUUAAUAAACGUACGGACGAGAUUAAAUCCCGUUGAAAACUCUUAACGAACUUUCCCAAAAAUGGCGCGCUUAAAACCGAACAAAUAAAUAAAACAGAAAAAAAUCCUCUGUUCUGUUUUGAACAUUUCAAACACACAGAAAAAGAGAGAUAGUUGAGAAGAUCUGAAAGAAGAAUGAGCAGCGAAGAAGAGAAGACGGUAUGUGUGACGGGAGCUUCAGGUUACAUCGCUUCGUGGAUCGUUAAGCUUCUCCUUCUCCGGGGCUAUACCGUUAAAGCCUCUGUCCGCGAUCCAAAUGAUCCGAGGAAAACAGAGCAUUUGCUUGCAUUAGAAGGUGCAAAGGAAAGGCUUCAACUGUUCAAAGCAAACUUGUUAGAAGAAGGCUCUUUCGAUUCAGCGAUCGAUGGUUGCCAAGGAGUUUUCCACACCGCAUCACCAUUCUAUCACGAUGUCAAAGAUCCUCAGGCUGAGUUACUUGAUCCAGCGGUGAAAGGAACAAUCAAUGUUCUAAGCACUUGCUUGAAGACUCCCUCUGUUAAGAGAGUCGUCCUAACCUCAUCUAUAGCAUCUGUUGCUUUCAAUGGUAUGCCUCGAACACCCGAAACCAUUGUUGAUGAAACUUGGUUCGCCGAUCCUGAAUAUUGCAGAGCUGCCAAGCUAUGGUAUGUACUAUCCAAGACAUUAGCUGAAAACGCAGCGUGGAAAUUUGCCAAAGAGAACGAUUUACAGUUGGUUUCGAUAAAUGCAGCAAUGGUGAUCGGUCCUCUUUUACAGCCAACGCUCAACACCAGUGCCGCCGCAGUUCUAAGCUUGAUCAAAGGAGCACAGACGUUUCCUAAUGCGACAUUCGGGUGGGUUAACGUUAAAGAUGUAGCUAACGCUCACAUUCAAGCGUUUGAGAAUCCAACUGCUAAUGGAAGAUACUGUUUAGUGGAGAGAGUUGCUCAUUACUCUGAAGUUGUUAACAUUUUACAUGAUCUUUACCCUGAUUUCCAACUCCCUGAGAAGUGUGCUGAUGAAAAGAUAUAUAUUCCAACAUACAAAGUGUCUAAAGAGAAAGCAGAGUCUCUUGGGGUUGAGUUUGUGCCAUUGGAGGUUAGCAUAAAGGAGACAGUAGAGAGUUUGCAAGACAAAGGGUUCAUCAGAUUCUGAGUUUCAUCACCAAAGAAAAAACUCAAACCAGAACCAGAUUUUUAUUUUCAUUUGUUUGUGGAUUUUUUUAAAUUCAAAUGUGGAGUGUGUUGCCUAUGAUAUUGUGGACACUUUUUUGCAUCAUUUGAGUCUGAUAUU